AUGAAUCUGAUUUCAUAUUUGCACCCAUACCCCCACUUACUCCUCUCUCUCUCACACACACACAAACACGCUCUCACCCUCUCACUCACGAUUCACGCUCACUGGCAGUCACCACGCCCUCACCCUCUCGCACGGCGCACCACCACGCCACGCCACCACCGUCCACCGACCACCAGUCCAUCAGAGGCUCUGCGGCUCUACCCUAGAUCCCUCGAUCAAAUUCAGUGGAAUUUUAGUCUAUCUGAUCUAACAACAGAUUUGUCAAACUUGGGAGAUCUUGGAGCUCUGGGAAACUACACUGGUUCACCAUUUAUGCAAUCUGAUUCGGAUAUUUUGAUGGAAUCCUCGGAUGAAAAGGACAUAGUGGAUGACUUCUUUGUCAAUACAGAGCCCCACGGCUCUCAGUCAGAUGAGGAGAGGUCUUGAGUGAAGUUGAGGCAAGUAAUGUUUCUGAUUGUAGUCAUUAAGUUAGAUAAAUUUAGGAGUACAAAAUGCUUUGAUUACUAUUUGGAUUGCUCAGCAUGCAAGCUUACUGUUACCGAAGUGGAGGCAGCAUGAUGCAUAUCAUCAGAAUGAUGGUAAAAAAUAUCAAUUGUUAGCUUUAAUUGCAAUCUUUUGAAUUUUUUGAGAAAACUGCUAGUUGGAAAAGUUGGGCACUGUGUUUAGGAAGUAAUUGAUGCAUUUGGAUAUAUAUUAGUUCGAUCUUUGUUGUGAAGAUUGAUGUGAUGUUGCUAUAGACAUUUUGUAUUUUGCUGAUGGGAACAGGUUGAACUGCUAUUCUGCAGUGCAGAAUAAUUUGACUUCGUUGAAGUAUAAUUGUAAUUUCUUCUAAGACUAACCACAAUGGUUUCAACAUUCAACAUCUUCAACACUCCACUUUUUCUCUUCCCAACACUCCACAUCAUCUUCUCUCUCCAGUUCAACACUUCAUUCAACUUUUACCCACUCCAAUGGUUUUUCAUUCAACACCCUACCCCCUACCCCA